AUGAGUCACUAUACUCUGAUUUAUUAUCAUAUUCCAGAGGACUUUGAUAAUCCCGAGCAGCCUAAUGCAUUUGCAAUAGAAAAGCCUUUGAGCGAUAUUAAGUUAAGAGACAUUAGGGAAUGCUUCCCAAUAGAAGGCCGAUAUCAUUUCAGGUUCAAAUAUCUAAAUGGCAAGGUUCAAGUCUGAAUGGAUCUUAACAGUGAAGAGAGCAAGGUUCCUGAUUUUCAGAAUAAAAUCAUCAUAAAAGCUAAUCGAAUAGCUUGGGAAACGGCCUCGCAACAAACAAUUCCUCUUGUCAAGCAAUCAAGUCAGACGAGUCAGCCAGUACCUCAAACCAGGGCUCAGAAUAAUAAUCAAAAUCCGAGCCUGAUGAAUAUUUUUGACGGUGAUGUCGCUCCAAAACAAUCAAGCAACAAUAUUGAUUUUCUAUUUCAUACUUAA